AUGCCUAUUGCAGACCUUCUGGGAGUCCAGUUCGACAUGCAGCUGCUGUUGAAACUUUCUUUCUCGGUGGCUGCAGUACUGCUGGUUUCUUGGGCCUACAAAUUCUACAGAUCCAAAGAAGAGAGAAAAGCUAAACCUUGUGGCAAAGACGACAGAGGGAAACAAACUACUGCAAGCCAUGGCUACAAGAGGACACAACAGGAUUGUUUUUCUCAAGACAAGGACGAUGAGGCCAAGCAGGACUCAACUACUGAUAAUUUGAAAUCUGACAGCAACGAUGGAAUACUGUUUAAAUCUUCUUUGUACCGAACUGAAAAGAGCAAGGAGGUAUUAAGUUCAUCAAAUGAUGAUGAAAAUAAAUGCGUGGAGAAGGAGAUGCUUCACCAAGAUCAGCCAACUGUUUCCUCCAGUAAUAUUCCAAUUGGAUCUGCUUUGAAGAUCCAUGAGCCAACAGAUGAUGGUAUGACAGCUAUUACUGGACGUCGCUCUCCUUGCUUUUUGAAGCUGGAGGGUGGUGUAGGUGUGGGCAGAGUCUUAAGGCAGGAUUUGGAGCACCAGGGGGUCUACUCCAGUUUCCUCUCUAAGGCAGAGAUCAAAGUAGAAGAUGCCAAACUAGUACUGGAAGGAUCCGGAGACAAUAUUAUGAAUGGAAAAGUUUAUGAUUAUUAUGUUGAGUCGUCCUCUCACUCAAUUACGGAUUCAAAAACGUUGCUUUCCCAGUAUGAGAGGAACUCUGUGUCAAAUAAGGACUAUAGAAAAGAGGACAUCAGUUUCAUCGAAUCUUCUUUAUCUGUAAGUCCUAUUAUUAUGCAUGAUCUGGUUUGUCCACAAAGGACUGUGGUGGAGGAUUUCUUGCAGGGAAGCCUGAGGCACCCUGAAAGGCCUGCGCUCCUACGCAAGGACAGCUAUCUGUCUGCAGCAGAACUGUCUGAACCUUCCAUCCCCUUUCAGGUAUCAAGACACUCAACCCCAGGGAUUCACUCUGGAGCCUCAACAGGCAAUGAGACUAUAUCUCUUCAAAGCUUAACAGACAAAGGACAUAAUGUGAAGCAGGAGAUUGAUCCAGAGACCAUCGCAGGUUAUUCAUUCGUGUAUUUUCCACAGGAAAUUUCCUCUGCCACAGAUCUGGAAACUUUGAAAAGUAAACUGGAUCUCGGUAACUGUUUAGAGAUACUUUAUCUAGCCAAGAAAAAUGGCCACAAGUCUGUUCAGCAGGCAGCGCUAGCAGUCAUGACAGACAACUACCUGCAGGUUCUCCGGGACCCUAACCUUUAUGGACGGUUAAUGGCUGAUGAGCGGGAACACAUUCAGAAGCACAGAAUGAGAGGGAGACGGUUUGUCAUAGUUGCAGAUAUGGACCCUCAAGACUGGUUGAGAAACACAGCCGGGCAGAGCACAAUAUCAGAACAGAAGAGCGUGUCUAGUGCAAUGUACUAUUAUGAUGACUACAACGAUGCCUGGCAUUCUCUCUGCCUGAUCCCACAGGAGGUCAUCUCUAAAGCCUGCGCCAUGUGCACAAUGGAUAACUACUUAUUUGUGGCAGUAGGUUGUCAAUGCAGUGACAGAGAAAUGACACCAUCAAAGAGAGUGUUUUGCUACAAUCCUUUGACAUCCAUUUGGAAAGAGAUCAGUCCUAUGAAUGUAGCCAGGCCCCGCUGCAAACUGGCAGCACUGGAAGGCUACAUCUAUGCCAUCGGAGGGGAGUGUCUCUCCUCUGUGGAGCGCUAUGACCCACGACAGGACAGAUGGACAUUUGUGGCUCCACUUCCUAAUGAUACCUUUGCUGUUGCACAUCAUGUCACUGUCUGCAGUGGAGAGCUCUUUGUUUCUGGGGGUACUCUUAGAUAUAUGCUACUUCGUUACAACCCCAAAACCAACACCUGGAGGCCAAGUCUCAUAGGUAGCAAAGAUAAAUCUAUAGAUAUGGUUUCUGUGGGAAGAUUUCUCUAUCGAUUUGAUAUUAACCCACUGCUGGGAGUCAGUGUGUACCGUUACCAUACUGUGGCACGACUUUGGUAUGAGUGCAGCUCUAUGCGACUGCUGCACUGUCCGGCCUUCCAGUGCAUCGCAGUGGACGGUGUAAUUUACUGUCUCAGCCGACACUUCACCAUGAAAUUUGAGGCCGAUGAGAUCUCUCCUGCUUUUGCAGAUGAGGAGUUGAGUGUACUCUCUAAAGCCAAGGGCUCACUCUUUCCCUUUGUCCUUUCACUACCUGAUAAGAAUCCUCGACAGACAAGCGUGUAAAAAGAAUUUAGAUUUUUGUUGAUAAGAUUUGAUAGUUGCUGAAUACUUCUGCAACAGCAUAGUUUACAUUAGGGUAAUAACUGACAUUGGGAAUUUUACUUUCUUGCAACAAAUGUCAUUAUAAACUUGUAAGUCUUGCAUUCUCAUUUGUUUGAAAUAUUAUGACCAUACCCUCUUCAAAACGCUAAGACACAUUAGUUUCAUAAACAACUUAAUUUUUUUGGGACUGGGUAUUAAACAAAGAUGUGUGAGUUUGUUAUGUCCCACCCUUGGCAGUAGAUAUAAAAGAUUGGACUUUUAAUGGUAGUCGAAUUACUGUUUGCUUAGAUUUACACAGGAAUUGCUGCCAUGUUAAUUGUUUGCUGCUUUGAUUUGCCACUCCUUCCUCCCGUUCUGGUAGUUUUAUGCCAUCCCAGAUGCUUAACCUCAUUACAGUAAAAGGUAAUUCAUAAAGACAAUCAAGAGUAAAUUAGUUAUUUAAAUUCUAACACUCAGAGUUUGUGCAAUAAACUGAUAAUUUACCUCUCUGCUCAUCUGUGUUAGUCAUGAGUAGAACUUAUGCAGUGGUCUGGAUACAAUGCCAUUAUCUAAAGCUGCUCUUUAAAGUAAUGACAGAAUGUAAAUUGGUAUGCCAUGUAAAAUGAAUAGGCCGCUUACAAAACAUUCGUCACAUUUUAAUCUCUCUACCAUUUGGAUUUUUGCAGGUGUUUGUUGUCACUUUAAUCAACCCUUUAUCCUUUUCUCAUGACAAAAAAAAUGUGCUAUCGACUCAUUGAGGAGAAUAAUUUUCUUGUACUAGUCAGAUAUCUUUACCUUGUAAUCUAUUUUCAUAAACCAAAUAAAAAUACAAAUGUAUCUCU